AUGCUCAGUGAGUUUGUCGAAUGUAUGGGUUUCGCGCCUAAGUUGAUAAUUACCGACCAGGAUUGGGGGAUGAAACUUGCUAUGGAACGUGUGCUAACUAGUACUAGGCAUCGUUGGUGCAUGUGGCACAUAAUGAUGAAGCUUCCUGAAAAGGUUCCCAAAAGAAUACUUGUCAACGAAGAGUUGAAGAAGGAUUUGGGCUCUUGUAUAUGGUCUGAAUUGUUGGAGCCAGAGGAAUUUGAAGAAACUUGGCUGACCAUUAUGGACCAAUAUGGUUUACAAAACGAAUCUUGGUUCACAACCAUGUUCACACAACGAGAGUAUUGGAUUCUAGCAUAUUUUAGGGAUUUCCCAAUUGGGUCGUUGUUGAAGACAACAUCAUUCUCUGAGUCCGAGAACAGCUUUUUCAGAAGGUACACAAAACCACACUUUAAUCUCGCUGGCUUUAUGAUGCACUACAACAGCGCGUUGGAUGCUCAACGUAACAUAUCAGAAAGGCUCGAUUUCUCUGAUGCUUCAAAAGUCCCCAUCCUAUCAACAGAGCAGUUAUUUGAGAAACACGCAGCGGCUAUGUAUACAGAUCGCAUCUUUCAGCAAGUUCAAGAUGAGAUCGUCGAGGCUCAUCGACGUCGCAGAAUGCCUCACUUUGAGAUGGAGGACAAUACUGAGAUUUAUGCAAUAAUGGACAGCCAUCGAAACAUAGGUGUCAUCCAUCAUGAAGUUGGCACCGAAUCGUACCACUGCGAUUGCGAGUUGUUUCUGCGGCGUGGAAUAUUAUGUUGCCACAUUUUUUUGUUGUUCAAAAACCAUGACGUGAAAGAAAUACCAGAAACAUAUAUUGGUACAAGGUGGCUGAAGACGCCUUUGUUGAAAUCAGUACACAAUGAUCCGAGUGAGGAGGCAUCGUCAUCUGCAGAUUCACAAGUGGAUGAUAAACGGGUUGUAGUAACCAAACUACAUUCGUUAUACUUUCGUUUAUUUCAACGAGCACAGAGCAAUGGCAACGACAUUUUUGCAUUAUUCGACGGAAUGGAAGAACUAAGUCAAAAACUCUUCGGUGAUACAGUACCUUCAGUGUCUUCCCUGGGUAAAGCAUAG